AUCAGAUAACUUCCGUUUUGUAAAUUAUUUUGAAAAACACAAUAUUUAAAAUAGAGUAAAGUAACGUAAUUAUUUCCCGGUAACAGAAGCUCUCAAGAACUUCCGGGGCGACUUGGCCACAGAGGAAGAAGACGACGGCGUUUUCAAAGAUGGCGGCGCACACGCAGAAGAAUAACAAGCAGGGAAUAUCUGGUGGAAAAGAGGCUCAGCCUCUGAUAAUCGCCAAAACUCCGGCGGAGGAACAGCGUCUGAAGUUGGAGAGGUUAAUGCGGAACCCGGAUAAGCCGGCUCCGAUCCCAGACCGGCCCAAAGAAUGGAACCCGCGGGCUCCGCCGGAGUUCGUCCGAGACGUAAUGGGCUCCAGCGCCGGUGCAGGCAGCGGGGAGUUCCAUGUCUACCGGCACCUCCGACGCAGAGAGUACCAGAGGCAGGACUUUCUGGACAAGAUAGCAGAUAAGCAGGACGAGGACCAGGACUAUCUGGAUAAGGUGGAGCAGAACAAACUGGCAGCCGAUGACAGGACGGCGAAGCGCAGGAAGAAGCGGGACAAGAUUAAGCAGAAAAAGGAGAUGGCGAAGAAGGCGAAACUAGAGUCCCAAAACAAGAAGGAAGGCGACGCCGACAACAGCUCGGACAGCAGCAGCGACGACGAAAAAGGGGAAAGAGAGGCCGACGACGACGCCGAGACUCCUAGCUUCAUCAUGGGGAGGAAAUGAGUCCGACGCCCUCGGAUAGAUGGGGAACGUCACUGGCGUUAUAAUGCUCCGUAGAAGUGACAUUGUGAUGACCGGUCAUGACGCCACGGGGCUCUGAAAGGCACUCGGGAAUGUGCUCCCCGUGUUACUAUCAGACAACCUGAAGGGACUGAGUGUAUGGUUUCAGUCACACAAUGCCCCAGUUGGAAAAGAGACACGUUGAGACACUUCCCACAUUAUGCUGUUGUCUCCUGGAGCUUCUUGAGUUUGACAAAAGUUGUGAUCAGGUUUUCAGAAAGUCUACAUUAUUGGAUUGUUGAGUAGGAGGGAAUCCUACACAUUUAAAUGGGAUUUUUUAAAUAAAAAUACGAAUAUACAUGUUA